CCCGGCGAUUAUCAGUUGCUCUGCGGAUUUGCUGCUCUCGUCUGGCUAAAUCUGCUAAAGUUAGGCUAUGCAGCUAUAGCAGAGGCCUCUCCUACACACUUCCUGCGUUAUGCUACACGUUUACGGUGCAUAUUAGGUAAUUUGUGGACAGGAACGUUAACUGUUACUUUCACCAAUGCACAGGAAUCGUCUGGCUCCCACAUGACUCAGCAGGAGCAGCAGGAGUUUAUUGAUAGCCUGGAGGCAGCUCAGUCCUGGAUACAUGUCGUUCAGGAGAGGCUCCGGGUCAAUGACAACACCCAGGGCCCCCGAGCAGCCCUGCAGGCCAGGCUCAGAGAGACAGAGAAAAUCCACGAGUCUGAGCAUGAGGGUCGCGUGAAGGUGGACAUGGUGCUGGUGGCUGCCGAGGUCUUACUGCAGAACGGAGACCAGGAGACCAGGAGCAAAACCCACGCCAGACUCAAAGAGCUCAAAGCAUCAUGGGAGGAGACCUGCACCUUCAUAAUCCACUGCCACAGCCGGAUAGAGUGGGUGUGGCUGCACUGGAGUGAGUACCUGAAGGCGCACGAGGAGGUUGAGAUGUGGCUGGUCCGCAUGCGCCGCAGUCUGGAGCCGGAGGUGGAACUACAGCUGGGGGUGAAGGAGAAACUGUGGCAGGUGGACCACCAGCAUGUCUUGCUGAGUGACGUGCAGAGCCAGGCACUGCUGUUGGAGAGGCUGUUGGAUGAGGCUGCAGCGCUGCACAACCGUACCCAGGACCCCAGUGUGGACCAGGAGGCACAGGAGCGACUGCAAGAGGCAUACAACAGCAUACGGGACAGGGCUGAGGAGAGGCUGUCAGUGCUGCAGAAGAUAGCUGAAGAGCACCAGAUUUACCAGAGCUACGUCCUAAAGUUCCAGGCCUGGCUGGUGUCCAAGGCUAAGGAGCUGAACACACUUACAGAGACAGAGGACACAGCCGAGAACCAUCUCCAAGCCCUACAGACCCUGGACGACAGUGUGGCCAGUGAGGAGCGGACGCUGCAGCACAUCGAGGGCAUGGCGGAGGCAGUGCGGGCCAACACGUCGCCCGGGGGGGUGGAGGUGGUGGAGGAGGAGGUGGAGGAGCUUCGUCUGGCCUGGCAGAGGCUCCGACAGAGCCUGUGUGAGGCUGGGGAGGGCCUGAGGAGCAGCCUAGACUCUCAGAGCCAGUACCAGAGCCGCUGCCAGCGCCUGGGGGAGGACGUCAGGCAGCUCAGGGGCCUGCUCCACAGACUGACCAGAGACCUGGAGACUGCCAGCGAGGGAGACAGGACCGAGGAACAGAUGGUUGGGCAGUGGAGGAAGUACACGAAUGUCCGGAAUACUCUGUCAGCAGAGGAAUCCCAGGUGGAGAACCUCAAGGCCCAGCUUAAAGAACUAUUCCGCUUUUCCCAAGAUUCCCGGCAUCUCUCUGACGACGUCCUGGCUGUGGUGAAGGAACACCAGAGUGUGAAGUGUCUCGCAAUGAAGCUGUGUGUGGAGUCAGAGACCGGGCUGAGACUGGUGCUGCAGGACCCUCUGCAUGGCUUCUCUCAGUGGAGCCAGCUGGUCUCUCAGGUGCUGGAGGCCUCAGCAGAGGUGUCUGAGUUCUCCCACAUCGCCUUGCUAGUGCAGAACAUCGAGAGUUUGAUGAUGCAAAGUCUGCAGCUGCAAGAGCGGUUGAGUCUGCUGCAGGUGAAGAGAGAUCUGCUGGCUUCAGUGUUUGGCUCUGACAGAGCAGAGAGUCUACUGACGGAGCUCAACGCCGCCGUGAGGAACCGAGAGCUACUGCACAGCCAGCUUCUGCAGAGGAAGGGAAGACUGCAGGGUUUGAUCUCGAGGACGAAGGACUUUGGCGACGCCUACGAGUCAAUCAGGAGCAAGCUGACCCUCCUGAGAGACAGACUGAUCUCAGCAGACAUCCUCCAACCAGACAUACUGGCCAAGAAGAGCCAGUCAGACCAGCUACGGGGGAUCAAGAAGGACUUGGAGGACUGUGAGGCCCACAUCACAGCUCUGGAGACUCUGGUGUCAUCCAGCUCCGCUAACCAGACCCGGUCUGAGAGGCUGUAUGGGGACUGGAGGAACCUAUACAAGGCAGUCCGGGUGAAGGGGAACGAGAGUGAGGAGAGCAUCAGGGAGCACGAGAGUUUCCACGAGAGCCUGCUGAAUGUAGAGAAGUGGCUGAUGAUUAUGAGGCAGAAGCUGGAGUCCUACCGCAGUUCUGCUGGGGAGUGGAGCGUGGACAACAGACAGCAUGAAGCUGAGAGGGCACUAGGUGAGUUCCCAGAGAAGGAGCUGCAGCUGCACCAGACAGAGGUGCAGGGCCAGGGGGUGCUGAAGAGGACCUCUGAGGAGGGACGAGUGCACAUCCUCAGGGACAUGAAGCGCCUGAGAGAGUCCUGGAUGGCCCUGCAUGACCUCAGCCUCAACCUCUUCAGGCUACUGAAUGGACACAGCUCCUCUGAGGACCAUGACUUAGACAUCCAGAGGGUGAGAGGUCAGGCUGGGGAGUUGACAGGCCCAGCUAGGGAGCUCUUUCAUGGGGAUGGAGGAGACCUGAUCAAAGGAAGAGGCUCCAGCAACAGGAGGGAGGGUGCUCCAGAGGGAUCCCCAGGAGAGGACCAUGGUGUCUGGGUCUCUCAGAGCUAUGGAUCAGGGUCUGGGAGAGGGGGAAGAACAGGGUCAGGGGCAAGGAUGGAGCAAAGCGAAGGGGCAAGUUUUAGAGCAGAAGAGGGUGUGUGGGUCGAGGGAGGGUUCGAGGGCAGUGUGGAGGAUAUGGAUCUCUCUGAACAUGGGGAGAGACAGGGCAGUGGUCAACAGACUCUGGGUCAACAACUGGGUCCAAUGGCGGUAAGCCAAGGAAGCAGUCAGAGACCGGGACAGGGCAGUGGGGUUGAAAGCAGUGGCAAUUGCAGGGGGAAGGGUGGCGGUGAGCACAGCUUUGGUGUUGAGGAGGUGGACUCCAUUGCCUGGAGAGGGGGGUAUGGUCAGGGAGGAGAGCGGGAGACCAGAGGGGGAACCACAGGGAUAAACUCCUCAGGCCACACAGGAGGCAGAAGCCCCCAGUGUGGAGUGGUGGGGGGCUCUGGGUCCAGGAGUAGCGGAGUGGUGGGGGGUUCUGGUUUUACAGGCAGCGGUGUGACGGAGGGAUCAGGCUCUAGGAGUAGCGGAGUGGUGGUAGUCGGGGCGUCUGGGUCCAGCAGCAGCGGGCGGACAGAGGAGUGGGUGGAUGAGCAGAGGUCCAGAGGUGUGGCUGACCCUGUAGUCAUGGAGGUAGAUGUGGGGUUAGGGCUAGGUCAUAGUCAGGGCAGCAGAAGCAGCUAUGGAGAGGGAACAAGUGAAAUGGGAGACCGGAGUGGAAGUGGAGGGGGAUACCUGCGACACAGAGGGUCCUUCACCCUGAUCAAGACGAAGAUGGAGGAUCCAGUCAUGGAGCAAGGCUUUGCUAGAGAAACCUCUGGAGGGCUACAGAGCUCAAGUCAACACACCACGGCAGGUCCAGGUUCAGCUCUGAGUGCAGCGGAGUACGAGGACAGGAGGAGGAUGUUUGAGGCCUGGCUACAGAAGGAAAACGAUACUCUUUCAGGGAUUCUCAACACCAAGGGACCGCUGAGCACCAGAGAACUCAAGAUCAGGCAGAACACACUCAAGACUUUGCGGUCCAGUGUGGGCUGGGGUCAGGAGCAGUUCCAGCUACUGCUGAUGUCUGGGGCGGCUGCAUCCGGAGCCGGGGACGGGGCUGACCAUUGGGCUGAGGAUGUGGGUAUGGAGGAGAUACGUUAUCGCUGGAUGCUCUACAAGUCCAAACUGAAGGAUGUAGGAGACCUCAAGGCUCUGUUGAAUGUCAAGGGUGCAAGUGUUGCUGGACAGGAGGAACACACCAGGACGGCUAAGGAGAAGACUCCAGGCCUGCUGUACCGUGUGUGUCGGGUGGCCCUGCCCCUCUGGCUCCUGCUGUUGGCUCUGCUUCUCUUUGCCUUCUUCCUGCCCUGGAUGGACGAAGGCUCCAGCUGCUCUCUGUCCAACAACUUUGCCCGCUCCUUCAACAUCAUGCUACGCUACGACGGACCUCCACCCACAUAGAAGUAUUAUAUAAGUUGAUUCCUCUUCAUCCUCAAUCCAUUGUGUGUCUGUGUGUGUAAGUGUAUGUGUGAGAGUCAGUGAGUGUGUGUGUUAAGGCAUCCGCAUGCUUCCCA